GAAGGCCGGAGUAACUAGUUUGUUGGUGGCACCCGGGCUGGACCGCAGCGGCAGCGGCUCCCGAGCUGUGGAGAGCGGGGGAGGGAAGCGGCAGCAGCGGCGGCGGCGGCAGAAUCUCGGAGGCUCUGGCAGCCAGGGGUCUCUGAUCGCGGCGACGGGCCCCGGGCUGAAAGGGCGGCGGGUGGUGGCGCCCCGAGCGGUUGGCUCAGCAUGUCGGUCAGUGUCCACGAGACCCGCAAGUCGCGGAGCAGCACAGGGUCCAUGAACAUCACGCUCUUCCACAAGGCGUCGCACCCCGACUGCGUGCUCGCCCACCUCAACACGCUGCGCAAGCACCGCAUGUUCACCGACGUCACGCUGUGGGCCGGGGACCGCGCCUUCCCCUGCCACCGCGCCGUGCUGGCCGCCUCCAGCCGCUACUUCGAGGCCAUGUUCAGCCACGGGCUGCGCGAGAGCCGGGACGACACGGUCAACUUCCAGGACAACCUGCACCCCGAGGUGCUGGAGCUGCUGCUGGACUUCGCCUACUCGUCGCGCAUCGCCAUCAACGAGGAGAACGCCGAGUCCCUGCUGGAGGCCGGCGACAUGCUGCAGUUCCACGACGUGCGGGACGCGGCCGCCGAGUUCCUGGAGAAGAGCCUCUGCCCCUCCAACUGCCUGGGCACGAUGCUGCUGUCGGACGCCCACCAGUGCCGCCGGCUCUACGAGGUCUCCUGGCGCAUGUGCCUGGUGCACUUCGAGGCGGCGCGGCAGAGCGAGGACUUCAACAGCCUGUCCAAAGACAUGCUGCUGGACCUCAUCUCCAGCGACGAGCUGGAGACGGAGGACGAGCGGGUGGUCUUCGAGGCCGUCCUGCAGUGGGUGAAGCACGACCUCGCAGGGCGCAAGGCCCACCUGCCCGAGCUCCUCCGGAGCGUGCGGCUGGCCCUGCUGCCGUCCGACUGCCUGAAGGAGGCCGCGUCCAGCGAGGCCCUGCUCGCGGUGGACGAGCGCACCAGGCUCAUCGUAGACGAGGCGCUGCACUGCAAGGCCAAGAUCCUGCAGAACGACGGCGUGGUCACCAGCCCCUGCGCCCGGCCGCGCAAGGCCGGCCACACGCUCCUCAUCCUGGGCGGCCAGACCUUCAUGUGCGACAAGAUCUACCAGGUGGACCACAAGGCCAAGGAGAUCAUCCCCAAGGCGGACCUGCCCAGCCCCCGGAAGGAGUUCAGCGCGUCCGCCAUCGGCUGCAAGGUCUACGUGACCGGGGGCAGGGGCUCCGAGAACGGGGUCUCCAAGGACGUGUGGGUGUACGACACCGUCCACGAGGAGUGGGCCAAGGCGGCCCCCAUGCUGAUCGCCCGCUUCGGCCACGGCUCCGCCGAGCUGGAGAACUGUCUGUACGUGGUGGGGGGGCACACGUCCCUGGCCGGCGUCUUCCCCGCCUCCCCCUCUGUCUCCCUGAAGCAGGUGGAGAAGUACGACCCCGGGGCCAACAAGUGGACCAUGGUGGCCCCGCUGAGGGACGGAGUCAGCAACGCGGCCGUGGUGAGCGCCAAGCUGAAGCUGUUCGUUUUCGGGGGCACCAGCAUCCACCGGGACAUGGUGUCCAAGGUCCAGUGCUACGACCCCUCGGAGAACCGGUGGACCAUCAAGGCCGAGUGCCCCCAGCCCUGGCGGUACACGGGUGCCGCCGUGCUGGGCAGCCAGAUCUUCAUCAUGGGAGGCGACACGGAAUUCACGGCCGCCUCCGCCUACCGCUUCGACUGUGAGAGCAACCAGUGGACGCGGAUAGGGGACAUGACCGCCAAGCGCAUGUCCUGCCACGCCCUGGCCUCGGGCAACAAGCUCUAUGUGGUGGGGGGCUACUUUGGGACCCAGAGGUGUAAGACCCUGGACUGCUACGACCCCACGGCGGACACGUGGAGCUGCAUCACCACCGUGCCCUACUCGCUCAUCCCCACGGCCUUCGUCAGCACCUGGAAGCACCUGCCUGCGUGAGGAGCCCCCGCAGAGCCAGGUGAGCGCCAGCAGCCGGGGCCUGUUCCCGCUCUGGGUGAAGGUCACUGUCUUCCAGGGACGGCCGGGUUGGGCAGCAGGGACUGGGGGACUCGGGGACCCUCUUUCAGAGCCAAAGCUCUGCCCCUUCCCUGCAGUUGACCUUGAGCAAAGCGGAUAACCCUUCUGCCCAGUGGAGAGAUGGCCAGACAUGGCCACACAUCAGAGUGACCAGAGGCCUUCUGACACUUCCAUGAGGAGUUUGGGCCAACCUGCAAAGUCUGAGGCGCGGUCUCCGUGCGACAGUGUCCUCACUCCUGACACCAGCUGCAGGGCAGGGGCCCCCCGGGACCACCACAGACUCACGUGACACUGUAGGGCCUCCCAGAAUGCACUGAGGCUGGCGUGUUCACGGUUGUGGUGUAUUCCAGGGAAAUAGUCCAGAUUAAGGUCAGCCAUGGCCAGAGAUGCGUGGGGGCGCGGGGAGGUCAAAACGAGAAGUGUCCGUAUGAGCACUGCGUCCUCUCCCUGUGGGGUCAGGACAGCGCUCCCCCUCCACCCCCCCCAGCAUCAGUGAGUGACGACACGCCUAGAACGUGGCCAACCAGGGACGGAUGCUCACUGGAGCCUUCAUGUCCAGAACGGUCACCAGGGCCCUGGCACUCAAGCCAGAUCACCUGACGGCCCACGUGGUUCCUCACCGUCUCCAGGUCCACUGGGACAGGGUUGACCCAGAGCCCCCACCCUAGGUCACAUGACGUCCCCACCCCAGCCUGAGCCAACCCACCCCUAUCAGGUGCGAUGCAGAGCACCUCCCGGAAGCCAGGGCAAAGGCCAGGCCUGUUUGGACAAGGCCGGAUUCCCUCCCACACAGAUGGCCACACCCAGGCCGCAGGUCUGCGUGGGUCCAGGGUGCAGCUUCCGGGAAACCCCGCCCCAGGCUUCUGUGCUGGUGCCACGGGCCUGGGCGACACUGGAGGCCGUGGGUGGUACCCGGCCUUGGGGAGCAGGCCCCGGGGACUGCGUUGCCUCUUACCUGCUAGGUGAAUGGGAUGCAGACUGUCUGGAGAACUGAGCCUGCCUGCCCAGAGGGCUCGGUUUUCUUUCCCUUUCGGAGUCGCUGUGAGACAUUCCUCGGGCAUCUGUCAACAUGGGCAGGACUCCCAUUCUCUCUCUCUCUCUGUUGCCCUGCAGGCUCUGCACGUUUCUCCCUGUCCCUGGCUGCAGCCCUCACUGUCACAGAGUGGCCCUGUCCCUGCCCGCCACAGCCGGAAGCUCAGCCGGCGCCGGGCCAGCCCUCCAAGUGAAGUGGCCGGCAGCAUUGGUCUUGGGGGAUGUCCUGAGCUUAGACAAGAGAAGUCCUCUCCAGCGCGUGUCUGCCUGAGGCUUUUUCCACUGCACAGUGGUUUGGGGGAAGGGGACCUUCCCCGGGGCAUGCAGUAAGGCCAGGACUCCUUUAGCCUCCAGGAGGACACGUGUGCAGAGCUUUGAGGUCGCAGGUUUCAGCAAGUCCUGGAGGGGGCUUGGGGGCCAGGCCGGGAAGAGCUGGAGCGGGGCGGCAGCGGGGGUGGGCAGCACCGAGGGCCCAACUUUGUUUGACUCGGGGCUUCCCUGUGGGCGUUGUAAUGUCACCGGAAGAGGAUGUCCCAGGCCUCAGGGAAACAGGGCCCAGCAGGACUGAGAGCAGACGUUACCAGGGAGAAAACCGAGGCCGCACUGUGUAAGGGGCAGAACGUGUAGGGUGAUCUCAGUGGCAUCCACGCAGCUUCACCAGCAGAUGACACCCAGACUGUAGGGUUUAUAGAGGAAAUCUCCUGUGGGCUCCUCCGUAGAGGUGGGCGUGCCCUUGGUGACUCUGCCACCUCCCGCCAGGCCAGCCGUGCCCCAGGUGCAGACACAUGGUCCUGCCAGUCACACAGCAGGACCCAGGGCCUGGAGAGCCACAUGCUGUUAGACAAGGACCGCCUCCCCUCCACAAGCAGCAGCCAUGACCCCACGUCCUGAUGGGACCACGCUGGUCUGCAGGUUGUGGCCCUCCCCUUCAAGACAAGCAGCUGGGGACCCAGAGGGACUCCGGGGUGCCCACUGUAGACCCCACAGUGCUGGAUGCAUCUCAGGGUAGAGGCCAGCAACGAGGUCACCACCCCUGACCCCAACCAGCACCCACUGGUCUCUGGCAUCCUGGCCUUCCAGCUGGUACCUGGAUUUGGCCCCUCUGCCCUGAGCUCACAAAGUGACCACGGUCCCAGGAGAACUGCCAGACAUUUGUUCGUUUUUUUUCCACCUUCCAAGUCGUCGGGACCCCCUCAUCAGUCUCUCCCUAAGCAUCCGGGGUUCUGGAGAGAUCUGCUCCUCCCAGCGGCCACCCUGACACCCAGGGUCCCAGUUUCCAGCUCAUCGCUCGCUCACCCCGGUGUGCCAAUCACUGGAGGUGGGGGCAACCCUUGUGCCUCAGCCAAGACCUGGGGCUCCCACCUGCCCUCCGUGCAGUGCUGCCUGGCUGGUCUGGGGCCAGGCUCCAAAGUGAGGCCAUGUUACGAGCCAGCUGCCUUCGUCAUUCGGCCCUGCCCCUCACAGGACCUCCGUGAGGGCACUAGCCCUUGGGCUUCUGGCGGACUCGGACCCUGCCAGGCUCACCCACUGAUGAACACCAGCUGCCACCGUGGAACCUUCUGGAGCAGAGGGCGUACCUCCUCUUCAGACCGCACACACCCUCUGGGUCAGGGCCUGCCUGUGCUGCGGUGCUCCCUCAGCCACCCUGCUGCCGUGGGCUCUGGUCCCAGGAGAUGGCUCUGCUGGAAAACCCCGGGAAGCCCCUGCUCCUGGGGCCUGAGGUGGCGGGAGGCAGCUCUGCAGGAGCCGCUGACCCUGCUGGGCUGCUGAGCUGAGCUACGCACACUUCUCGCAGCACAAGGGACCUCACGGUGCUUUCCUCAAAUGUGGAUACCUUUUUCUGUUUCUAAUUUAAUAAAUGAAUUGAGAACA